CUCUCUCUCUCUCUCUCUCUCUCUUGCUUUUUUUACUCAUCUGUAUCAGGAUUACCAAACCGGUUUACUUGGUAGUACAAACAGAAGAGUAGUAGAGAGAGAAAGAGAGAGCCAACUAAAACAUACACAACUGAGAGAGAGAGAGAUGAAAGAGUACUCUUUGUGGUUGUUAAACAUUAUAGAGCUGCAAAAGAAGAUAAAAAUUGAGUUGAGUUAGAACUUAGAAGUACCUAGACAGUGUUUCAGAGGUUGAGAGGAGAUAAGAGAAGAGAAGAGGAAAGGAAACUCUCUAAUAAGUGUGUGAAGAAGUGAAAGAGAAAUAAAAAGAAAAGAAAAUAAAAGGCAUAUAUAUUAAGUGUUAGAAAGAAAGAGACAGAGAAAGAGAAAGAGAGAUGGUGGGCUCAGGAGCAUCAGAUAGGAGCAAAGAAGCUGUUGGGAUGAUGGCCCUUCAUGAGGCCCUCAGAAGCGUCUGUCUCAACUCAGACUGGACUUACUCUGUCUUCUGGACCAUCCGUCCUCGCCCAAGAGUCAGAGGUGGUAAUGGGUGCAAAGUUGGAGACGACAACGGCAGCUUGAUGUUGAUGUGGGAAGAUGGGUUCUGUCGAGGAAGAGUUGGGGAUUGUCUGGAGGAGAUUGACGGUGAAGAUCCUGUUAGAAGAUCCUUCAGCAAGAUGUCCAUUCAGUUAUAUAAUUAUGGAGAAGGGUUAAUGGGAAAGGUUGCAUCUGAUAAGUGCCAUAAAUGGGUUUUCAAAGAACCAACCGAAUGUGAACCAAACAUCUCCAACUACUGGCAGAGUUCUUUUGAUGCUCUUCCUCCUGAGUGGACUGAUCAAUUUGAUUCCGGUAUUCAGACAAUAGCUGUAAUUCAAGCUGGCCAUGGUCUUUUACAGUUGGGUUCCUGCAAGAUUAUACCUGAAGACCUCCAUUUUGUGCUUAGAAUGAGGCAUACAUUUGAAUCUCUAGGCUAUCAGUCUGGUUUCUACCUCUCACAACUCUUUUCUUCAACCAGAAACAGUUCCUCUUCUUCCUCACUUCCUUCAAAGCAGUCACCAAUUCCAAUCCGCCCUCCUGCCCCACUCUUUAAUUGGGGCCAAAGGCCACUUCCACCUGCCACUUCUAUGCUUUCUUCACCCAAUUUCCCGACGGCCAGACUUGGAUUUCCACAAACCAAAGAUGAGACACACAUGUUUCUCCUACCUCAUUCAUCCGAAACCCGAAUUGAAGACAUGAUGGGAGAGCAUGAAAGCGACAUCAAGUGGCCAAAUGGGUUGUCUUUCUUCAAUGCUCUCACUGGACGUAGUGAUGAUGCCAAGCUGUUGUUCAACCCAGAGAGUUUGGGAAACAAACCAGACCAAAAUCACCACUCUCUCAUCCUUGAAGGGAAGACUACGAACCCAAAUUCAGAUGCAUCUAAUAUGCAUAAUGGUGGUGGAGCAAACCCCAAUGAGUUCUUGAGCUUGGACAGCCAUUCGGAGAGUGCAAGAAAGAUGGAAAACAAAUUUAAGAGGAGUUAUACUUUACCUGCUAGAAUGGCUUCAUCCUCUUCUUCAACUUCCGUUGAUCACCAUCAGCACCAACCUGUGGAAUAUAGGAAUUCAGAAGCAGGUAUCUACUCCGAUGUCAUGGAGACCUUCUUGGAGUAAAUUGAAGACGCUUGUAUUGGAGGGGAAAAGGAGAUGUUGUAACUAGGCAGAUCUUUUCUGUUCGUUUGUGCUCAUGUUCUUGUGCCUGUUUUUAUGCGCUCUUGUAUGUUGUGUUUCCUUAAACUGUUACUAUGACUUAUGAUCAUUUGUUUAGUUCAUCAAAGCAUAAAUUUUCCUUGAAA